UAAUAUUUGACUUAGUCUUUCACUCGUAUUUAAUUUUUUAAGUCUUCAAGCUACUGUAACCGGAGAAUUUGAUGUCCCCUCUUUUGGUUCUAUAUAUGUAUAUCAAGAAUUGAUAGAUUCAAGCUAAAACAACUCAGCUUUUAUAAAACAUCUGUUGUUCAUCAGAAGCACUUUUCAACUGAUCCUUUCUUUGAUUUUCCAGUUUUCAAUUCAAAGCUUUCAUGGCAAACCUUGGAACCACACAUAGAAUACCAGCAUCCUCAAAAACUUCAUCUCCAACAACUAACACGUCUGAACCAAAAGGACCAAAUGAAAAACCAUAUGCUGAUUUCAAAUUCUACUGUCCAAUUAACAUUCCCUUAACAGCAGAAGCUGCGGCGUCUCGUAUCAUAAGAAACUUAGGAAAUUUGGGGUUAUACUACACACUGUUUAUUUGGAUCAUACUCUUCAUAACCCUCAUACCUUGUCGAAAAGUGUCCUUGAUUCUGUUGGUUAUCAUGACUUAUGUGACAACCCUUUAUUGUUUACUAUUAAGAGCAUGUCCUAAUUCAGUUUUGCUGCAUAGAAUCAUAGAUAAAAGGAUUAUAUUUAGUUUGCUAUUUAUUGCAACUGCAAUUCAGCUGAUUUUGACAGGUGCAGGUAUUCAUUUUGCAGUUACUAUGACUAGUAGUGUGCCUGUAGUUUUGCUUCAUGCAGUUUUAUGGGCUAGUAGUUGUGAAUUUGCAUAUGAAACUGAGGAAGGUUCUCGUAAAGAAGAAUUGGCUCCUCUUACGAGUGACCAUAAUGAUAUUGAAGCUCAGAACUCGGACGUAGUUUGACUUAUUUAUGAGAAAUCUUCGUGUUGCAACUCUUGAAAAUUUAUGAAAUUAAGAUGCUGUUUGAUUUAUAUGUCUUCGUUUUCCUUAAAUUUUGUAGAAUUCUGCAAGGAAAUAUAAGAUAGCAUAUGUGCAGUGUUUGUAAUGAGCAUGAAUACAUGUGCAAAAUAUCUAUACAAUUAACAUGAAUAAAACACGAAGAACAAUUUUUUGAUA